GUGAUUGGAAGAAAGGGAAAUAAGCUGGUGGUUGACUUGCGUCGUCCUGAAGAUGAUGAACCAACUCAAGAUGAUGACAGACCUGUGUCUGUCCGUGAUGCCCUUGUUUUCUUGGAAGUGGCUCGUUUCUCUUCUCCUGCCUCAAAACCUGAAGGGCUUUUCUUCCCUAAGAAGACUUACAAAGAAGCUGUUCAUAUCGGUGAAGGAGCAUUUGUUGAUGUGCUUGUAACACAUGUUGCUGCCCCUGAUGAAAUUUAUGUGCAAAAGCUGCGCAGUGAAGAGACAACGGAGCUACAGCAUAUUAUGGAGGAGAUGAGCAAGAUGUUUGGAGGGAGGAGGCGUGGAACCGAAUGGAGUGUUCCGUGGCCUUACAAGGGUCUUGUUUGUGCGGCGAGAUUCACAGAAGACAAGGUUUGGUACAGAGCUCUCGUUACGGCCGUAAACAGCGAUGAAACCGUAGACGUGACGUAUGUAGACUUUGGAAACUCUGAAAAAUUGACAUUUUCCGAGAUCAGGAAACUUCCCGACAUGUUUCUGAGACUUCCAAAGCAGGCAUUACCUGUUUGUCUCGUGGAUAUCAAACCAAAUGAAGAAGAAUGGCAGGGACAGGAUCAACAGAAUGUUUCGAGCCUGUUGCUGAAUAGGUCGUUGGUGUUUGAAGUGAAAGGAGUUGUUGAUAACAAGAUGUCGGUUUUGCUGUAUGACACCACGGGCGCUCAGGACGUUUGUAUUAAUCAGUUUCUUGUGCAGCAUGGUUAUUGUCAGACGGCUGGACUCGGCAUUGUAAAGACCCGGGAUGAACUAGCCACUGAAAGUGAGAACGCAAGAGAUAACAAGGAAAAUGAGAUCCAGUCUGAACAGAAUGUAGAAGAAACAGAAACUGGGCAGGAAACUGCAAACGAACCUGACAUUCAAACGGAGAAGGAGAGCCAGGCUAGUUCAUUCAAGGAAGAGGAGAGGGCUGUGUCUGAAGAUAGAACGGAGCCUCAAGCCAGUGAAACAUCUAGCGCCUCCUGUGAUUACAAGGAGUUGAAGUACAAGGCAGCAACAAUACCGGAAGGAAAGAAAUUCCAAGCCGGAGUCACGUUUGUGGAUUCACAAGGAUAUGUGUAUGCUCAAGAAGUAAAGGAAGGUGACCGUACUUUGAUAAACAUCAUGGGAACCUUGCUAGAGAGAUACGGCAAAAGCGAGGAUCAAUCAGGAGCACCUUCCGAUGUAACGUCAUUGUUCCCAGGCCUCCCAUGCGUUGCUCAGUUCGCAGAGGAUGGUAUGUGGUACCGUGCAUCAGUGAUAAAAAUAUUAGAGAAGGAUAAAGUAGAGUGCUUCUGUAUGUAUUCAAGAAUGAUAAUGAACUUGAUUGUAUUUCCUCAGGUGAGCUAUGUCGACUUUGGAAAUUCGGAAGUUGUUUCCCUGUCUGCGAUAAGGCAAGAGAUGCCAUUCAUGGAGGUUCCUAACCAAUGUCUUCAGCUGGUUUUGCGCGGAAUUGAACCUAAAACUAGUGACGGGCAUUGGCCACCAGAAGCCAUCCUGGCAUUGUCUCAGGCUGUCGUGGGGCAGGACUGUAUGGCUACAAUCAGGGGUGACAAACUGCCUGGCUACCCUCUGGUGGUAAACCUAUCUCUUCCCGAUGGUUCUGAUGUGGCGCAGAGCCUGCUGAGCAGGGGUCUGGUUCAGAGAUCUCCCACGCCAGGCGAUGAAGAACAGUCGUCCCAGUUCCACCCGAGAAAGCCAGGGCCUCGGAAAGCCAAGCCUUUCAUAUCAAAGCGAUCAGUUACUGAAACCAGAGCGCAUGCUCAAAUGAUCAGUUCCCGCGAGGCUGAAUGUGUGUUGGUGCAGUCGGAACUCCCUGGGGAUGGAAUACGGUUUGACGUCACUAUCACACAUAUAGAGAGACCUGACUGUCUGUUUAUCCAGCGAGUUCCACCCACUGAGAUAGACAAGGGCUACGCUGACGAUCUUGACCCUACCCUGGACGUUGCAACCGAAGAGCUUCGUAUGCUGGAGGAGAUUAUGGCUAAGAUAAACAGUCCAGAUUAUUUUAAGAAGUACACUCCAUUGGCGACCGCCAAAGAAGGAAUGUUGUGCUGUGCACGCUACACUGAAGAUGACAUGUGGUACAGAGCUCAGAUUCAAUCAGUUGAACAUCAGAGACCUCUAGAGGUCAAAGCGCUAUACGUGGAUUAUGGUACAACUGAAGUACUUAAGGCGGACAGGUUGCGAGGCUUUCCAUCAGAGUUACUAGAUUUACCAGUCCAAGCCACACGAUGUUUUCUUGCCGAUAUCAGGCCACCAGACACAACAGAUGGACCAAUGAUGGAUGAUACCUGCUGGCCAGUGAGCUCUAUGGAGACCCUCAUUCAGUUGGUGGCCGGCAAGAAACUUGUCGCGAAAGUUCUAUUCAAUGGGCCACCGGCCAGUGUGAUGUUAUACGAACAUACAGAGAGACAUGACGGAUGCGUCGAAGAAGUUUCGAUAGGGUUUCUCUUGGCGCAAAGAGGUUUAGCGAAGUGUGUGGAUUAUGAGGUACCCGUAUAUGCAGAAUCAGACACUCAUACCGACGAAAGCUAUGAAUCAGAGGAGAGAACUUUGGAGUUUCAAGAAUCCGAGUUAAAAUUCACAUCGAACGAUAGAUUAGAGAUUAGUACUGAGACGAAAGCAGACUCUUCGUCGGCUAAAUUGUUGGAAAAAAUUCCCACUCCUGCACGUAACCUUCCUCCCGCAAAACAACUGUUAAAACCAGCAGAGCUAACAUCGAAGGUUACGGAUACAGUUUCUAGAAACUGUGAGUCGGAAGUUAAGAAAACAGAACCCAGUCUAGAUGGGGUCGAAAGUUCUCAGCAAACAACAGAAGGAGUUCAAUCACGUGAUGAAAAAGAGACAGCAUCACCGCCUUUGACGUCAGCCCCGGUGGCGAAAGUGACGUCAACAAAUAAAAACACGAAUUCGGCUGAAGUGAAUAAAGAUUCCUUGGAAUCUGCUGUAUGAUGAGUAAAAAGAGAAAAAGAGGAAGAAAUUAUUGUGAAUUGCUUUAAAGUAUGAAGAUUAUGGGAAAGGACUCUUUUUGACAAAGAAAUGUUUAAUUUAGUUUUUGUUUUGCAGUUUUGCAUCGCAGGUUUUAUUAUAAAGCUUACCAUUGGGCGGAAAAUGUUUUCUUCUGAGGAUAAAAUAUUACGUUUGUUUGUACAGUUGCUUUGUAUAGUAAUCCUGUCUAUAGGCAUAUUAAAACUUACUUAUAUCAA